AUGCCUCUGAACAUAAGGGGCCACGCCCGCUUCUACGGCUCCGCAGCCCUUGCGGUCGCCUUCUUCGCGGGCAUCCUGGUCACGCUCGGGUUCAAGGACGUCUACCCAGACCUGGAGAGGAGGUACAAGGCGUCCAAGAAGAAGUCGAACCAGCCUCGCGCGCGGCGCAACUCAAACGCAUCCAUCCUCACAUAUGACCCCCGCCGCGGCAGCAUCUUCUACGGCGACCCCGUCCAGCUCGAGGACCACGACGAUGGCAACAACAACUUCACAGACUCCAUGGGCGCCGGGCUGCCCGUCAUCUCGGACGGCAUCGAGUCCACCAUCGGCCACACGCCGCUGAUCCGCCUCAAGGCCCUGUCGGCGCUGCUGGGGAGGACCGUCCUGGCAAAGGCCGAGUUCCUGAACGGCUGCGGCGGCUCGCCAAAGGACCGCGUCGCCCUCUCCAUGAUCCUGUCCGCCGAGCAGGCUGGCCUCCUGGUCCCGCACAGGGGCGACACCAUCUACGAGGGCACCGUGGGCUCGACCGGCAUCUCGCUCGCCACCCUGGCCCGCGCCCGCGGCUACCGCUGCCACAUCUGCAUGCCCGACGACCAGUCGCACGAGAAGAGCGACCUCCUGCGCCAGCUGGGCGCCACCGUCGAGCGCGUCACCGUCGCCCCCAUCACCAGCCCCGACCACUUUGUCAACCUGGCCCGCCGCCGCGCCGCCGAGCACGAGGCCAAAUCGCGCGACGGCAGCGUCGGCUUCUUCGCCGACCAGUUCGAGUCCGAGGCCAACUGGACCGCCCACCUGCGCAGCACGGGGCCCGAGAUCUUUGCCCAGACGGGCGGCGCCCUCGCCGCCUUCGUCGCCGGCGCCGGCACCGGCGGCACCAUCAGCGGCGUCGCGAGGUACCUCAAGGACGAGGCGGGGCUCGGCGACGCCGUCAAGGUCGUGCUUGCUGACCCCCAGGGCAGCGGGCUGUACAACAAGGUCAAGUACGGCGUCAUGUACUCGCCGACGGAGCGCGAGGGCACCCGCCGCCGGCAGCAGGUCGACACCAUCGUCGAGGGUGUCGGCGUCAACCGCAUCACCGAGAACUUCGAGGCGGGGAGGGAGCUCAUCGACGACGCCGUCAAGGUCACCGACGAGCAGGCCUGCAGGAUGGCGCGCUGGAUGGUCGAGAACGAGGGCAUCUUCGCGGGCAGCAGCAGCGCUGUCAACCUCGUCGGCGCGGUGACAACGGCCCUGACCCUGCCUGAGGGGAGCACGGUCGUCACCAUCCUGUGUGAUUCGGGACAGAGGCACCUGAGCAAGUUCUACAAGAAGGUCGCAGAGCUGGGACUGGACGAGGAGCACAGUUCUUCGGAUUUGCUUGCACAUCUGGGAUUGGAGCGUCGCGGUUGGUGA